CUUUUGAAAUAAACACGAUGAAUUUUGUGAUCAGACUUAUUAUCUAAAGAUGUUGCAAAGAAAAUAUAUCUUCGAGAAACAUCUCAAAACGUCUACACACUGUAUAAUGAGCAGCAUAUAUUUACUUUGAUUAAAGGCUAAAUCUUGGGUGUUUUGUUCAUCUGACCCAGAGUCACGGUCACCUCAAGGGUCAAAUUUAUGAGUAUUUUAAUUUUGACAUUUUGGUGGUAAUGAUUGUUGUAGUGUGUUUCUCGUCCUCUGUUCAAGUAUUAGACUUACCUGGCAAUAUUUUACAUCACUUAAUAAGCGUCUAUUCUUUUGAUGUGUUUGAUCCACCCAGACAAGUUUUUGUUGACUCACAACUUACAACUUUCCGAUUUGUUUAUUCUUCGAAGUUGAAAAAGAUAAUUCUCAUAAGUCUAUCAGAAUUUAAGUAUCUUUAUGAGUGCUGUCCAGAUCGAAAAUUCUCAAAAUGUCUGUCUUCCUAUUUAAAACACUGUAAAAGUUCACCUGUUCUUUUCGUGGCAUCUCAUUUUCAGCCAUCAAUAUCCAAUGGUCCAAUGUGGAAGGUUGUAUGUAGUCGAUUGGUGAAAGCCAUUGUGGUCGAGGAGUCUAUGUCAUGGCUGUCAACACUUGGAGGGGGAUAUUCGUCGCUUGGUGACCAGAAUGAUUAUGCGGCGAGCUUAGCCGGAACUGUGUCUAUAUUUCAAAUGAGUCUCGCGCUGGAAAUGAACUCUCCCACUCUCUUCGCUAAGUCUCAGCUCUGGUUUGCCCAAAGUUUAAUGCAAAGAGGCUUCCUCAAACAGUCUGCCAGGAUAUUGAGGCGAAUAUAUACAUUAUGGAAACCUCUCAUGAAACCUGACCUCCCAUCUGAUAUGCGUAUAGACCAUAUGGCAGUCGGUCUUUGGGCUCGUUUGCGUCAUUUGUGGCAACAAAAACACCAGCCAAUGAAGAAGAGGAAAAAUGUUUCUAAACAUCACAUCCCAUUGCCAGUGAACAGUAGUUUAAUUUCACUUUAUCCACAUGUUAAUAUGUUGGUUAGUAGAAUUUAAACAUGAAUCUGUAUGCUAGAUAAUCUGUGAUAAAAUAUUUUCUGAUAUUUGCUAUUGUAUCUCCCCAAAUCCUGCAAAAUAGUAUUCACAGUGUUUGAUCUUCUGUGUUCUUUUUUUAUUAGAUUUUUUGAGAAAACAAUGCUUUCACUGACCUUACUGCGGCCGUCUGUAGUAUUGUAGUCGGCUUCUGUUCCCGGUAUAGUACAUAGGCACCACUGAAGUUAGUUUUGACUCCUGUCCCCA